AUGUCUCAAAAUGUGAUUAGGCAACCCAUUCCCAAUGACUGUAAUCGAUUCUAUGAGACUCGCUUGCUGAGCUGUCCUCCGGAAUUUUAUUGGAACUCGGAAUUGAACCAAUGCAAAUUGCAGGCGCCUGCUGGAUGUUAUUUCACUUCUCCGGUACCAAAUUGGAGUGGCAGCUUUCACAACGACUCAAAGCCAAGUCCCGUGGCGGUCCAAGAAUCCCACAAUCUUAUGGAGGUAUGUGACAAAAAGUUGGGACAGAGGAUAGUUUACCCAGGCGACUGCACCCGCUUCAUCAUGUGCGAUUUUCUGCCCUUUGUGAUGAGCUGCCCGCAAUAUCUCUUUUGGAACUCCCAUCUACUCACUUGCGACAAAAUUUGUGUUUAA